UAUCUAAAAAACUUGAUCCACCAAUAAAAUCUCUUAAUAAAAUUACUAUGCCUAAUCAUGUCCAGUUUAUCAUUGCUCAACUCUUCGGGAGUCAUGCCUUUUUUGACCUUAACCGCUGUUUUUUUGUUCAUUGGUCCAGUGUUAAUCAUGGGGAUCGCUACCAUGUGAUCAAAUCUCAAACAAAAAUUUCCGAUGAACUUUCCGCACAUGUCACUAGAAUCGUCAAUGAUCUUGAUACAAAAAAUAAUACAUCGGAAAUCGAAAGCAUCUUCAGUAAACUUACCACAGAAAUUAAUACUAAAAUCACCAAUGAACUUUCCGCGCGUCUUAAUUCUUCUUUCACUGCGGAGCUCGGCAAAAAUAAUAAUAAACUUACCACAGAAAUCAAAAAGAUCAAUUCAUGUGAUGCUGAGGCGCAGAAAAUUUUAUCGAUGGUCGAUUUUGAUCAACUGAGUGUGGCCAACCAUUCCUCUAGUAGUGAAAGUUCUUCUAGUCGAUUAUCUGAUUUAUCCCUUGAAGAAAAUAGGAACCGUUUUAAGCGAGUUUUUGAUUCGAAUAAGGAAGAAGGGGAAACUUUAGAUUAUGCGUUUGAAACAGUUAGAUGUAAAAUUCGUCAACUUACUGGGGAAAAGAUUGGGAAAGAAACUGUAAAAAAUGUUUAUUAUGGUGGAGGAGAUCCAAAGUUUAGAAUAGUAAUAUCAAUUAUGAGAUGGGUAGAUAGUAAAGAGAGUGCAAAUAAUAAUGCGGAGUAG